CGCGAACUGGCAAUAUAGUUCUGUUACAUAUAUGCAUAUUUCAUUAACAUUCUAAACCAGAUAUUAAAAAACUCACAUUUCAACUUCUCCAAUGUUCAUUUAGUGAAUAUCCUAUGAAAAUCUUGUGUGCAGGAUUACAUAAAAAUAUUCAGAAAAUGCAUGUGACGGCUCUAUGGACUGCUUUUAUUUUGGCUCAGUCGAGCAGAUUGCUCGUCGAAGGUAUUAGGCCACGUUACGUCGAUUCUAUGUCAACGCAGAUGACCGAAGUGGGUGAUAAUCCUAUGGAUGAUAUCAGAGAACCAACGUGUAAAGAAUUACGUACGAUAUGGAGGUAUACCAAACGUCAAAGUAGGGCCAUCCAAGUUAUGAACAAAUUACCGUUCUUACAAGAUUUCUUCGCGUAUGACGCGUGGAAUAAUUAUCCGGCACCACCUCAACCCUCUGUAGAUUAUCGAGAUUAUACUGACCGACCACGUACUCGUGCUGCUGGUAGUUCACCACCUGUUUAUGGAAUAGUUCAUACGGUACCCCCAAGGGGUAGAUUACGUAGCGGUCAAAUACCCCAUCGAAGUAAGGCAUUUGAAGACGUUGCAUAUAUGUAUGGGAGAAUAAAUUUACAUCCACCCCGACGCCAAGGGCCAACUUCCCGUAAUAGCGGUGGUGGAUCCCCGCUCAUAUCUCAUGUUCCCCAAGCUGGUAGUUUUCAACAUUUACGAGAUAUAAUUCGUGGGGAUAGGGCUCGUGAACUGAGGAAGCAAUACGCAUCUGACAGAAUCGCAUCUGCGAAAGCGACGACAAUCAAGGAUUAUCCUAACAUCGAUCAAGAUGAUUAUCAAAAUGUACAACGACCGCGAAAACAUUAUGCUAAUUCGUUAGAUGGAUAUCAAUCAUUUAGAAAUCCGAAAAGUGAUAUCAGCCGGGCUUGGUCGCGUGGCGAGCAUUAUUCACCAGAAUAUAUGCUACGUUAAUGAUGAUAUUUUGAAGAUUUAACAGGAAUCGUCUGAAGACAGAACUGCCGUACGUUUCAAUAUCUUCGCUCGUACUAAUCUUGGCAGUAUUAUAGCCCAAUUGUUUGAUUGUUUUGUCAAAAUUGGAUGGCAAGAUGUCCAAGAUCUUAAAGAAAAAAUAUUUUCAAAUAAUCACCAACAAAACAAAAUAUUAUAUAUACAUGUAUGUAUUUGUUUGUGUUGUCGCGUGUGUGUGUGUACAUAAAUAUAUAUAACACUCUCUAAAAGUAUUUCAGUUCCUAAUAUGUAUCUAUGCAUAUACACACACACACAGACACAUAUGCAGAUGCAUACAUAUUUGCACGAAUGUGUGCAUGCACACACAACAAAUACACCUACACAAAUACGUUUGACGAAUUUAUUAAGAUUAGAAAGAUGAAACUUGAAAUUUAAUUUAUCAUCUUUUAACUCUUACAUAAAUUUAUCCUGAAUUUAACUUAUACUUAUAAAAAUAAUAAUAAUAAUAAUAAUGAAUUAUAUGUAUGCAUUUUAAUUCAUUCAGGAUGAAUUUAUCUAUAUGUUACAUAUUCACUUUGACAAUAUAUAUAAUUAAUUGAUCGUAGAACAUUUGAAUGGACAAAGAAGUUAUAUUGGAGAACAUAUACAUAUACAUAUACAUAUACAUAUACAUACAUAUAUGAACACGCCACGUAAAUGGCAAAAACUAAUUAAAGUGUGAUAUCCUUAUAUGGGACAUCCAUUACACAGAUCAAUAACAGUAUGCAGAAUAUAUCAAACUCUUAUUAUCCAAUAGAGAAAUAUAAUAACUAUGUUUUCUUGCAUUGUCUAUGAUAAAGAAGGUACCGUAAUCUAUUCUUACGUUUCUCAUCUUCGUAAUUAUUGAGAAAAGAAAGAAAAAAACCUUUAACAAAAAAAGAAAAAAGAAAUAAAGUAAUUAAUCAAUUAUUCGA